GCCUUCCUGAGUCUUUCCGAGUCUCUCUGUUGUGCUGCUGAUGCUGAUGCUGCUGCUGCUACUUCUCGCGCCCGACGCGUGAGACCAACGUGCAGGAUUUUCCGCCACCUCUCGACUGUUUUGCAUGAAGGAAAACUACGGGCGGGAGAUGAAGUGAGGUUUCGUGCAAUGCAUUUGGAAACGGAAAUCGAUUUUGUUUACUCCACGGUUUUGCAUGCAUGCAUGACAAGAGAUAUCACGUUUUUAUCGUAACUAGUUCUUUUUUUGCUGCUUGGAAAAUUCUCGCGCGCACCCACAGACACCAGGGUUUUUGGGUUUUUUGUUGUUUUUUUUAAUUAGCCGGCUCGAGCCGCCGGAAAAGGUGGAAAUGCACCUGCACCUCUCGCGCCGCCCGACAUCUGAUGCAUAGCCACCAACUUUUUGGGGGAGAAAAGUUCCUGGAAUGUAAACAGCAGGAGCGGAGCACCGAUCUGACCUCGCUUUUCAGAAGUGGAUGCGCUUGGCAUGGAGUGAGAGCGGCAUCGCGCGCGUUCCUUGCACUCGCUCGCUUCACGUCCGGUCGGCAUGGUCCGCUCCGGACAGCACGCGCCGAACGGGACGGGCUCGGGCGCAGGCUCGGGCUCGGGCGCAGGCUCCGGUGCGCGCGCAGACGGUCCCGGUAACGAGGCACCAAAGAGCAUCAAAGCGCGGCGCGCGAAACCUCCACCUCCAGGCAGCCGGAACUGUCUCACGGCAAACAGGUCGCUGUUCAUCUUCGCCGAGAAUAACCCGGUGAGGAAGUACGCGAGGAGGAUCAUAGAAUGGCCUCCAUUUGAGUACAUGAUCCUGGCUACCAUCAUCGCCAACUGCGUCGUUCUGGCUCUGGAGCAGCAUCUUCCCGGAGAAGACAAGACACCUAUGGCCAAAAGACUGGAGAAGACAGAGCCCUAUUUUAUUGGGAUCUUCUGCUUCGAAGCCGGCAUCAAGCUGCUAGCUCUUGGCUUUGUUUUCCACAAGGGUUCAUACCUGAGAAAUGGCUGGAACGUCAUGGAUUUUAUUGUCGUGUUAAGCGGGAUCUUGGCCACUGCUGGAGCUCACAUGAACAUCCCAGUGGACCUGAGGACUCUGAGAGCAGUGCGAGUACUGAGACCUCUCAAACUCGUCUCAGGAAUUCCCAGUUUGCAGAUCGUCCUGAAGUCCAUCAUCAAGGCGAUGGUUCCUCUGCUGCAGAUCGGCCUGCUGUUGUUCUUCGCUAUUCUGAUGUUCGCUAUCAUCGGCCUGGAGUUCUACAGCGGCAAGCUGCACCACACCUGCCUUCCCCAAUUCGACAUCCUCGAGAACGAGACAGUGGACUCCUCCGAAGUGGAGUUUGCCUGCGGCGUGCGAAGGUGUCCAGAGAAAUACGACUGUAACGGCACAUGGAUCGGGCCCAAUGACGGCAUCACUCAGUUCGACAACAUCCUCUUUGCAGUGCUCACAGUGUUCCAGUGUAUCACCAUGGAGGGCUGGACUGCUGUUCUCUACAACACUAAUGAUGCGCUGGGUCCCACGUGGAACUGGAUGUACUUCAUUCCCCUCAUCAUUAUUGGCUCGUUCUUCGUGCUAAACCUGGUGCUUGGUGUCCUUUCAGGUGAAUUUGCUAAAGAAAGAGAGCGUGUGGAGAACCGGAGAGCCUUCAUGAAGCUUAGACGACAGCAGCAGGUGGAGAGGGAGCUUAACGGAUACCGGGCAUGGAUUGAUCGAGCCGAGGAAGUGAUGCUCGCUGAGGAGAAUAAAAACUCUGGAAGGUCUGCAUUAGAGGUAUUGAAGCGAGCCACGAGCAAGAAAAACGCCAGGCGUCGUGGAGAGGACAAAUAUUCAGAAAUCGCAACAGUUGGUGGUCCCAGACCUCCGGUGAACAUCCGCACUGUGAGACGGGGUCCUGCUGCCUACCUGCGCCGUAAAGAGCGCAUGCUACGCUUCUCCAUCCGCCGUAUGGUCAAGACGGACAGCUUCUACUGGAUAGUGCUCAGCCUCGUGGGUCUGAACACCAUCUGCGUGGCCAUCGUCCACCAUAACCAGCCAGAGUGGCUCACCGUGCUGCAGUACUAUGCAGAGUUCGUGUUUCUGGGAUUGUUCCUGGCUGAGAUGUUUCUGAAGAUGUACGGUCUUGGCUUCCGCCUCUACUUCCACUCCUCCUUCAACUGCUUUGACUGUGGGGUGAUCAUCGGCAGUAUUUUCGAGGUGGUUUGGGGAUUCUUUAGACCUGGAACAUCAUUCGGGAUCAGCGUGCUUCGAGCUUUGAGACUGUUACGAAUUUUUAAAAUAACCAGGUACUGGGCCUCUUUAAGAAACCUGGUCGUGUCUCUGAUGAGCUCCAUGAAGUCCAUCAUCAGCCUCCUCUUCCUGCUCUUCCUCUUCAUUGUGGUUUUCGCUCUGCUCGGGAUGCAGCUGUUUGGUGGCAGGUUCAUCUUUAAAGAUUACACUCCUGCCAACUUUGAUACAUUUCCAGCUGCUAUCAUGACGGUCUUUCAGAUUCUGACUGGUGAAGACUGGAAUGAGGUGAUGUAUAACGGGAUCCGCUCUCAGGGAGGUGUACAGUAUGGCAUGUGGUCCUCCAUCUACUUCAUCAUUCUGACGCUGAUUGGUAAUUACACACUCCUGAAUGUCUUCUUGGCCAUCGCUGUGGAUAAUCUCGCCAACGCACAGGAGCUUACGAAGGAUGAAGAGGAGGAGGAGGAGUUUUUCAAUCAGCGCUACAAAGGCCGGGAGUUUGGCCUCUCUGACAGACGGAGGCGCAGGCCGUAUCUCUACAGAAAACGAGCCAUUCACAGAGGCAGGCCGAACCCAGCCGAGGCAGAGGAUGAGACGGCGGGGGCGAAAGGCGCUGAGGAGCAGCCUUCGAAUGCAUUUGCCAACCGACGUGACAGACGCAACAAGAUCAAGAUGUCUGUGUGGGAGCAACGUGCCAACCAGCUGCGCAGACGCCGUCAGAUGGCGAGUCGCGAGGUUCUGUUUGACAGCCCCACUGAGGACCCUAUGGGCACACCAAUGAGUGGCCACCACCAGACGCACACCAUCGUCCCCUCUGCUGAAGCCAGUCCGGCACACCUGCCCGAGUCACCGAUGUCAGUCGUCAUGCCUUUACCCGAACCGCCCAUGUCUAUCUCGAUCCCACUCCCUGAACCGCCAGAAUCAGAGCCGGUGUCUCUAAUGGGCUCUGGGAUGGAGGACAGAUCCUCAGGCACCAUCCAUCGCUCCAAUACGGACAGGAGGCAUCGGGUGGCGCGAAAGUUCCGGGCUGCUGCGGCGGCAGGCGUCGUGCAGGGUGGCCGACACCGGAGACACAGGCACCGUGAGUCCAGGACGGAGAAUAAAAACACAGAUGAGGAACAGUUUCAGGAAGGAGGGGACGACGGAGAGGCUUCCCAGUCCAGACAGAGCUUGCUGAUGGAUGACAGUGAGCCGAUUAUGUCCCAUCAGCCUGACGAGGAACAGCAUAGGGACAGUGUGUGUGAGGUUUCGGUGAGAUCUGAGGUUCCUGAGGGCGAGUCUGGGCUUCAGUGUACCUGCACGGCUCUGGGCGAAGACGGAGAGAGCGAGUCCUGCCCGCAGCACCGGGGAGAAAAUACUCCAGAGCUUAAUUACCUCUCAGGGGAAGCCAUCGAUAACGAGAACAAUGCCUGCUAUUUAAACCAGGGGGAGUCGAUGAUGGAAGCAAGCAUUAUGAGAGAGAUGUCUGCGCAGCCGCUUUUAGAGUUAACGCCAAUGACUGUCAGUUUUAAGGACGUGGAAGCGUCUCACUCGGAAAAGACUGGUAGAGACGAUGAUGAUGAUGAUGAUGAUGACGAUGACGAUGACAUGGAUAAAGAUGCCCCAACUAAAGUGGCCAAACCUGAGGCACCGGAUAGCAUGUUCAUUUUCAAAAGCAAAAACCCGAUCCGCAGAAUCUGCCACUAUGUAGUGACGCUACGCUACUUCGAGAUGACCAUUCUUCUUGUGAUCGUGGCUAGCAGCAUCGCUCUGGCCGCAGAGGAUCCCGUGUGCACCAACUCAGAGCGCAACCGGGUUCUUCGUUACUUCGAUUACGUUUUCACGGGCGUGUUUACAUUUGAAAUGAUCAUAAAGAUGAUCGACCAGGGCCUCAUCCUGCAUGACGGCUCGUAUUUCCGAGACUUGUGGAACAUCCUGGACUUCAUAGUGGUGGUUGGAGCUCUCAUCGCCUUCGCUCUGACAAACAACAAAGGCAGAGACAUCAAGACUAUUAAGUCUCUGCGGGUGCUGAGAGUUCUCCGGCCUCUCAAGACCAUCAAAAGGCUUCCAAAGCUGAAGGCCGUGUUCGAUUGCGUGGUGACGUCCCUGAAGAACGUCUUCAACAUCCUCAUCGUCUACAAGCUCUUCAUGUUCAUCUUUGCCGUCAUCGCGGUUCAGCUGUUUAAAGGAAAGUUCUUCUACUGUACAGACGGCUCCAUGGGCACACAGAGAGAAUGCCAAGGCUACUACAUCGAUUACGGGAGGGACAGGAAGGAGGUGAAGAAGCGUGAGUGGAAGAGACACGAGUUCCACUAUGAUAAUGUGAUGUGGGCGCUGCUCACGCUCUUCACCGUGUCCACUGGAGAAGGCUGGCCACAGGUUCUUCAGCACUCAGUAGACGUGACCGAGGAAGAUCACGGCCCGAGCCGGGGCAACCGCAUGGAGAUGUCCAUCUUCUACGUGGUGUACUUUGUAGUCUUCCCCUUCUUCUUCGUCAACAUCUUCGUCGCUCUUAUCAUCAUCACAUUCCAGGAGCAAGGGGACAAAAUGAUGGAGGAGUGUAACCUGGAGAAAAAUGAGAGAGCCUGCAUCGACUUCGCUAUCAGUGCAAAGCCUUUCACGCGCUACAUGCCCCAGAACCGACAGACGCUCCAGUACCGACUGUGGCACUUUGUCGUCUCUCCUUCGUUUGAGUACACAGUCCUGGUCAUGAUCGCGCUCAACACCGUGGUCCUCAUGAUGAAGUAUCACUCGGCUCCAGCUGCUUAUGACAUGGUACUGAAGCACCUGAACACCGCCUUCACCGUGCUCUUCUCCAUGGAGUGCAUCCUCAAAAUCAUGGCCUUUGGCUUCAUGAAUUAUUUCCGAGACACUUGGAACAUCUUUGACUUCAUCACUGUCCUCGGCAGCAUCACUGAGAUCAUUGUAGACUUGCAGUCUGUGAACACUUUUAAUAUGAGUUUUCUGAAGCUGUUUCGUGCUGCCAGGCUCAUUAAGCUCCUGAGGCAGGGCUACACCAUACGAAUCCUUCUCUGGACCUUCGUCCAAUCCUUUAAGGCGCUGCCGUACGUAUGCCUGCUCAUUGCUAUGCUCUUCUUCAUCUAUGCCAUCAUAGGCAUGCAGGUGUUCGGAAAUAUUAAGCUGAAUGACGAGAGCCAUAUAAACCAGCACAACAACUUCAAGACGUUUUUCGGUGCUCUGAUGCUGCUGUUCAGGAGUGCGACAGGAGAGUCGUGGCAGGAGAUCAUGUUGUCGUGUUUGGCUGGUCAGGAGUGUGAGCCUGACCCCUCCAUCGCUCCACCCUUCAUCUCUCCGGAUCACGAGGGCGGCUGUGGAACAGACUUCGCCUACUUCUACUUCGUCUCCUUCAUCUUCUUCAGUUCCUUCCUGAUGUUGAAUCUGUUUGUUGCUGUGAUCAUGGAUAAUUUUGAGUAUCUGACACGGGAUUCCUCCAUCUUGGGACCGCACCAUCUGGACGAGUUCGUUCGGAUCUGGGGGGAGUACGAUCGAGCAGCAUGUGGUCGUAUUCAUUACACUGCCAUGUACGAGAUGCUGACCCACAUGUCGCCUCCUCUGGGCCUGGGGAAGAAGUGUCCAGCUAAAGUGGCCUACAAGAGGCUGGUACUGAUGAACAUGCCUGUGGACGAGGAUAUGACCGUCCACUUUACCUCAACACUGAUGUCCCUCAUCCGCACUGCACUGGAUAUCAAAAUCGCCCGAGGAGGAGAAGACCGAGUGCAGCUGGACACUGAACUGCAGAAGGAGAUCAGUGUGAUCUGGCCUCAUCUCUCCCAGAAGACUUUGGACCUGCUGGUGCCCAUCAAUAAAGACACCGACAUGACGGUGGGUAAAAUCUACGCCUCCAUGAUGAUCAUGGAUUACUUUAAACAAAGCAAAGCGAAGAAGUUGAGACGGCAGGCUGAGGAGCAGGUACAAUCGAGCAGCCCCGCCCUUCCUCUCAUAUCACACAGUGCAGGCUCGGCUCUCACCAGCGGUGGUUUCGUGGCCCUGAGCCCCAUCUCACCCCAGGAGCUCUUAAUGCAGCCGGCUUCACAUAACAGGGAAGACAACGAGGACUAUCAAGUGUCCGUGGCUGAUGAGCAGGAGAUGGAUGGAUUGUGGGAAGAGGACCAGCCACCCGAGCGUCUCUAUCGCCCGAGACACAAGAGCUACAAGGCUGCAGUGUCCCAUUCAGAGCAUCAGGCAGAGAGAGGACGAUCUAAGGAACAGCGCCACCUGCUGUCCCCGAACACGUCCCGCUUCCACUCCGACGAGAGGAGCUCCAAGUCCUGCUCUCGCUCUCCCAGUGAGGAGAGACGACAUGGACACACUCGGCAGGGAAACAGCUCAGACAGCCCCGUGCCCUCCACCUCAGAGUCGAGCACCCCGAGCACCAGGCGUCGCCUCUCACAGACACCAACUCACUCGCACCCACACGUCUCCUACUCGCCGUUAGUGUGUCACACUCAUCCUUCCUCACAGGCUGAAGAUGAGGAGGAGGAGGAGCGAGGAAGAGGCGCUCCCAUCCUAGGCUGCUGCAGCAAUGCCUUAUGGGACGAGAAUGCAGAAGAGGAGGAAAUCCGUGUGGGCGAGGGAGAUGAAGAGACGGAGCCCGUGGAAGGGGACGAGUAUCUGGGCUCGGGCGCUCGUCGGUUCCCUUCUGAACCGUACCUCGCCCUGCAGGAAGAGGAGCACAGCCCCGAUUCCUCCGCCAUGGAGACUCUGACGUUUGAGGCCGCUGUGGCCACCAGUCUGGGUCGCGCCAACACCGUCACGGCCUCCAUGCGCACGCGCGCACGCCUCGGCUGGCACGUCCCCAAUGGUCACUUCCGCAAACGCCUGGCGCAGAGCGUCUCCAUCUCCGCCGGCGAGCCUCUCAGUGACACGGAGGACGACAAAUACUAAGUACUGACCAGAAGAGCUCUGGAGAAGGACGCUGAUCCCUGCGACAGCAGCGUCUGAGCUGCUUUGUUGAAUAUACUCUACGUACAAGUCCAAUGUGAUCAUUAAAAUGGAGGCGUGCUAUAAGAUUUUCACCUUUUUUUAAACAUAUAAGCAGCUGUCUUGUCUUGUUUCUAACUGAGAAAAAAGAAAAAAACAACACUGUACAUUUUGAGAACCGGCCUGAAGAGCUUCAUCGUCUGUGGGAGAAAAACGAACUCGGACUUUCGCUGUUUUACACUCUGAAAUGCUGAAUUUCAAUUUCACUUUCUUUCGCACGGUUUCAGAUCAAACUAGGCUACAUGUUGCAGAAUGAAUGUUAAUGAAAUGCAAUUCAGUUCCAUGAAUUCAGUUCUACUGACUCGUUCAUUUUAACCCCAUGUUUACUUUACUAUCCACGGCACACACCGAUGCACGAAGCGCGUGCGACACCUUGCAAUGACAUAUUUUUGUGAGCUCCGAAUUAAAGCCUAAAUGCAUCUACUGUGUUGGAUUCAUUUCCUAUUUCUAAACAUUUGUACAAUCUGAGAAAAUAAAAGAAAGCAACUGGACACUG